AAAACGAGCGCUUAUCUGUCAGUCAGCUGGAGAAAUUUGUAUUUUUCUUCCCAGCGGGUGCUGUACGCUGCCUGAGAAGACUUGAGUUAACCAACCGGGACACCAGGAAAGCUUUCCCUCAGGUUUGCAGAUCACCAAAAAAGAAAGCCAAACAGCUCUGCCUUUAAAGAUCCACCUCACCCGUCUGCGCAACACUGUAACCUUACAGCCUUCAAAAUGAUGCAGAUCAGCAGCGACUCCGUCGGCAACAAGCACUCCCUCAUUAAUGUCAUGCACCGCUUCAUUGCGGCCGCCAACAACAUGGACGAGACCAUCAUGGUGCCGAGCCUGCUGCGAGACGUGCCGCUGGACGAGCAGCAGGCUAACAACAACAACGAACCGCCGUGCAGCAACAAGCAGAGGGACAUGUACGAGCAUUACCUGCUGCUCAAGUCCAUAAAGAACGACAUGGAGUGGGGUCUGCUGAAGAGGGAGGUGAGCAGCGGUGCCAGCUUCCUGGAGAUGGCGGUGAAGCAGGAAGAGCAGCAGGCGGUGAAGGGAGACAUACACGUGGAUGACAACGCUGACCUGCAGCAUCAGUUUCAUUAUCACCUCAGAGGACUGUUUGGCGUGCUGUCCAAGCUGACCAUGCAGGCAGACCACCUCACCAACAGGUACAAGAGGGAAAUUGGAGGAGGAAACUUCAUGAGAUAGAAGUAACUGCAUCUGUUUUCCUCGCCCUUUUCUCCUCCUCAAACUGACUUGAAAUAGUGAGGUGUUUUGUGAUGGGCCAGAUCUCUUCCAAAACUCUCAGAUGGACAGUAAACUGACCAGGGCAACCACUCCUGGCUUCUCCUGCUGCUGAAUAACACUCAAACUUCAAUCCUGCUCCUCCGCCCCCUCCCAUCAAAUACAUUAAAAAAAAACCAGUGAUCCCUGCGCAUGUCGUCAGCCUGCCUCUUUUGGAGAGGCUGGCAUGUUCGUGCUUGGUGGAGGUUUACUGAAUCAAGUCCUGAUGAAGCACAGCUCUGAUUUUAGGCAGAACGAUUUCCCUCGCGUGAUCUGCAUUUCAAAUUUACAUGAAUUUCAAGUUGAAGUGAAUAAAGUUUCUGCCCAUAGGAGGUAUUGAAUGCUGGCUAUUCUGUCCCUCCUUGUAAAAAUGGUCAUUUUAUUAAAGCUGAGCUGAAGGGUUCCUGCCUGCAGAGGUUUUAAAGCGUUCCACUCAAUGCUACAACAAGGUGUGCCUUGACUUUUUGUACCAUACCCUGUUCAAUUCCUUCCCACAUUGUCACUGUAAGUUGUUCAUUAUAUAGCUUAAAUGUUUGUCUAUGGAAACUUAAUUUGAAAAUCCAAUUUUAUAUUGAUGCAGUAAAAUGGAAAUAAACAUGAAGCUAAUAA